AUGAUGGCGACCACGACGACUGGCGGCAGCGAGCAAUUCCCAUCGACAUCUGCUGCCUUUUUUCAGGCACACUCAAAUUUGGGACAUCAGGAAGUGAAACCAAAACGAGAAAAAAGAAAAUAUCGAUGUCGAAAGAGAAGUCCUGCGACGAUUGAGCGGGCCAAAAUGAUUCGUCGAGAUAAGGCAAAUGCAAGAGAACGAAGACGCAUGAAUAGUUUGAAUGACGCCCUGGAACACCUUCGCACAAUUCUUCCUGCUUUGCCCGAUGAGCCCAAAAUGACAAAAAUCGAGACAUUGCGAAAAGCUCAACAAUAUAUUGCUACAUUGUCUUAUCAACUCUCCUGUGGCGACCCAUCAUCAUCUCCAGAAUCCAUGCAACAAUAUCCUUGCGAUGGAAUCAAUUGUGGCUGCUGUUCAACAAGCGUUUCGCUGUCUUCAACUCCCUUCCAAAGCCCCUGUUUCCCUCCUCCAACUAAUCAGUAUUCAUCACAAAGCAACUACAAUUAUUCCAAUUAUUAUUCCCCACAAUUUCCCAAACCUUAA